AUGAAUCCGCGUUCGUUAAUACCACGUGGACGAAAUCAAUAUUCCGUUCCCUUGUCCAACAUGGGGUGCCAUAAAUUUGAUACACAGGAUCACUUUGACCUUUUUAUAAGAAAGGUCUUCAUUAACCAAGGUUCGCUAACUUUUCUGGAUGCUUUUAGUCUUUGUUUGAGCACAACUGACAAGGCCAUCUUUACAUCUAUCUGCGUGAUAGUAGCCGCAACUGGAAUCAUUUCCAGCCUUUGCAUUAUUACCGCAAAUGUUCUCUACCGUAUACGAUUUCAACGCGAAAGUGACUUUUUCACAAGCGGGGAGCGAAGAAGACGUACAACAAAGCGCUUCAGCAUAAAUCCUUUCAAAGUUGAGAUAACUCAAGAAAAUCGUUUCAGUUACUUCGAUGCCCUAUCCAGUCAAGCCAAAUUUCGAUACAGUCAUGUCGUUUUUGCUAUUGCCGUAUUUAAUCUACUUGCAAGUUUGUUUCUUAUUCCACUUUCGGUAAUCACUAUUUGUGGCUGGUCACCAAGUGUCAUGGCUGAGAACUAUUUUAUAAUCAUCUGCGCUACCUGGAGUGUCCUUCAAAUUCUCUUCAUGUCGGCCUUCUUCUUUGUGAACACAACAAUUCAAUUUUUCAGUAUCGUGUCUCCCCUCACCUUUACCCUUCGACGAUCACCAUUGUGGGCAACAUUUUUAUUCGUAGUAGGCAUUUGUGUAGUGCAGUCCUUUUUGAUGGUUUCGAUGAUAUUUAACCAGCUCACCUUCUUAGUCUCCAGCUUGCAGAGCGGGGUGAGCAAUGAAAUAAUAUUUAAAACCAUUACUGGAUAUCGUGUGAUACUUACCUUUCCAAUCGUCGUUUACGCGCUGACUUGGAUAUGCACAAUAAUCAUGUAUGCGUUCAUUAUAAGGCAUAUGCACGCGGCAAUAGAAAAUGUUUACAAAAUAACCGAAAUCACACCGCGUUCAAUGCCCUACCAGCAGAGUUUGUGGCAAAAAGUGACGAAGAAAAACAUUCAGAAGUGCAUGAUCCUGGGGGCAGGAACAACUGUCUUCUAUGUUCUUGAGUUACCGCUAGUUAUUACUGUGUACCGUGCUAUUCCGCCCUGUAAAUGGACUGUGUUAGCUCAUCUGACGGUUCAUGCUGUAACCCCACUGAUGCAUAUUACGUUGAGUAAAAGCUUCAGAACUAUGCUUUACGGCAUAACGAGUAGUCGAAGGCGAGUCUUUACGCGAAUUUCUUCUAUUUCUUAA